GCACAUCGGGAUCCACCAACAUACGGACGGACAGGGGACGGCUCCUUUAAGAAAAACUAAGUCAGAAAAUAUCACCCCUCCUCCUUCAGAUCUCCACUUGGAUGGUAUUGCAUCAAAGAAAACCUUCACUGGAGUUGCAAGUGAUCGAGGAGACGAUGGGGACUGUUUUUGAACAUCUCUACAUGAAUAUCUGAAGCAUUCCAAGUGAGGGAAGAGCGCGACGAGUCAUCAUUAAUUAAGCAACUUGACAACCUCGAUAUUGAUUGACAGUUUGCUUGUAGAGCGAGACUAGUCUCAAUGUUUUUUUUCUUCUGUAAGGGGCAUUUUACACCAGUUUCAAGCGUGAAGUCGUAGCCAGUGUUGCUUGUUUAUGAACGGUCUCCAGGAGAAAGCGAAGGAGCGCUAUACUUGAUUGUGGUGUUUUUGUCUUUAGCUGGAUUUAUGCUGACGGUCUGGCAACCAUCGUCUCUGGAGAGACCACAGUAUUCCUAAUCUUGCAUUUGGAGUUAGGUCUUUGUUUUUCCUCAGCCCUGGCCUCGUAGAAGACGUUUAGAGUCCGAUUGGAAUCGGCUAGAGUGACAGGCCGAUGGCACAACGGUAUGAAGACCUUCCCCACUAUGGAAUGGACGGAGUAGGACUACCUUCGAGUAUGUAUGGGGAACCUCAUGCAGCGCGCUCCAUGCAGGCGGUUCACCUGAACCACGGGCCCCAGUUCCACUCGCACCAGUACCCGCACUCAACACACGCCAGUGCCAUACCACCCAGUAUGGGCUCCUCUGUCAACGACGCUAUAAAAAGAGACAAAGAUGCCAUUUACGGGCAUCCCCUUUUCCCACUUCUAGCACUGAUCUUCGAAAAAUGUGAAUUAGCAACUUGCACGCCGAGAGAAACUGGGGUCGCUGGAGGCGACGUGUGUUCCUCGGAGUCUUUCAAUGAGGAUAUAGCAGUAUUUUCAAAACAGAUUCGAUCAGAGAAGCCUAUAUUUUCAUCAAAUCCAGAAAUUGAUAAUUUGAUGAUACAAGCAAUUCAAGUAUUACGGUUUCAUCUGCUCGAGCUGGAGAAGGUACACGAGCUAUGCGAUAAUUUCUGUCAUCGAUACAUCAGCUGCUUGAAAGGAAAAAUGCCCAUUGAUUUGGUCAUAGACGACAGGGACGGUGGAAAUAAAUCUGACAGUGAAGAUUUUACAAGAUCGUCUGGGCCUCUUGAUCAGAUCUCGUGGAGCAGAGACCACGAUGACACGGCGUCAGUUCGCUCGGCGGGGACGCCCGGGCCAUCCAGUGGGGGACACACGUCACACAGUGGGGACAACAACAGUGAAGAAGGUGACUGCAUGGACAACGGGGUGGCCUCUCCCAGCACUGGAGACGAUGACGACCCUGACAAGGAAAAGAGGGAUCGUCACAACAAGAAGCGAGGAAUCUUCCCUAAAGUGGCCACCAACAUCAUGAGGGCGUGGCUCUUCCAGCACUUGACACAUCCUUACCCUUCGGAAGAGCAGAAGAAACAACUGGCCCAGGACACAGGGUUAACGAUCCUACAAGUCAACAAUUGGUUCAUCAACGCGAGACGAAGAAUAGUACAGCCCAUGAUCGACCAGUCCAAUAGAGCAGUGACUGGAGGAGGGCCCUACACCCCAGAUGGUCAACCAAUGGGAGGGUUUGUCAUGGACGGCCAGACACACAUGGGAAUCAGACCACCUGGGCCCAUGGGUGGGAUGGGUAUGGGCGUGGAGGGACAGUGGCAUUACAUGUGACCCCUUGCUAACGGACUUGGCACAGAGCCCAAGGGGACGCACUCAGAACUGCCAGGUAUUCCCGAGGAUAGGGUGUCCCAUGGUGGGCCGAUCAGCACGGAUAUGGGCAUCGCUCUGACCUCCACUGGUGCCCCAACCAUCACCUCUACCCUCCCACCAACCAGCCCCGCCACUGGGGCAUGAUCUCUCGGUGCUGCCCCUCCCUCCAUGACUCUUCCGUGACCCAGCGAUAUCGAUUGCGCUGGUGCCCAGCCCAAACUCACCACCAUCGCCUGACUGUUUGUCAGUGGGGCUGGUGACCCCCCCCACACACAAUUCUCCAACUCCCCCCAUUUCCUUAAAGUGGUUCAAUUUGAGUAGCCACUGUUGCUGAACCACCACCCUGACUAUGAGAGGCCUUGGAAACCCCAUCAUGCCUUGUGAGGACUUCUUACGUUGUGAGGACUUCCCUUCUGGGGACUACAAUUACUGGAGCUCUCCAGUGGAUACUUCGAUACUGUGUUAAUUCAACCAAUACAAACAAAAAAUUAGUCCUUCACUUUUCCCCCCUCUGCUGCAUGGCAUGGACAGUUAUAGAGGGUGAAGAUACUCUUGUCUUGGCAGUGGACUUGUACCAAGAAAAGAAGCCGAUGUCUGUAUUUCCCGGAGGGUCUUUUUAAAACAACAGACACCCUGGAAACCAUUUUUUUAAAUAAUGAAAUUGUUGUAAUUCUGGAAAAUGACAAUAAGGUGAGGCAAUAGUGUGCUGUUUACUGUUUUACCACAAACUCUCUGCGGACGAGUAACGAUAACUAUUGCAAGUGCUCUGGUAUUGCUUUGCCGUACUAUGCUGUUUUUCAAAAAAAGGACUUGACUUGUCUAAUUCACAUUAUGUGUGUGAGUCUUUUUUCAUAGACGUUUAUCUCCUACCCCCACGAAUCUCUUUGCGUUUGAAAAUAAAAAGAAAUGACAGGACCAGUUUCUCUCAGUUUGCUGUAUGAACACAGAAAGGAACCAUUUCAAUGCUUUGAGGUCCUGUCAUACAAUGUAUAUUAUGUGUUAACAAGCUUUGUAACACAUAAGUAAUUAGAGUGUAAUUACAGAUUUACUACACAGGUAGCCUAUAAGAGUAGUAAUUACAGAACUACUACACAGGUAUAAGUGCAACUCAAUGUAAAGUGCUACCAAAACCCCAGUUAGUAACCCGGACAGUUAGUAGGAGGGUACAGCUUGGUACAGGACAGUGAUGGGAAAAAUUACACAGUAGAUUUCCUGCCUGCCGGCUGCCCCCUUCCCUGCUUCGCCUGGGUAGCUCCAUAUUUACUGACUAAUUACUUUGUUUGACUCGCCGACUGUGGUGGAAAGGGCUUAUGCAGACACAGGUUGUGUCCCAAAUGGCACCCUACCCCCUAUAUGGUGCACUUGUUUUGACUAGGACUCAUAGGGCUCUGGUGCCAUAUAUUAUAUGGAAUGUGGUGCCAUUUGGGAUGCAUCCACAGUGUUGGUGGUGGGGGUAAGAACAGAGAAGGGUCGCUAUCUCUCGCUCUUUGGCUUCUCAGCUGCUGUAUGAGGUGUGGCUGAAGGAAGCAGGCUGUUGAGGCCAAAAGGUUAUUCUGAAUGACGGACGUUGUUGUCACGUCCGAACCCCGACGAGAACAGACCAGGUGGGCUUUGAAGGUCCACUAAAUGAACAAGCACAUUGCUCUGUCUUCUUGUUCUUGUCUUUAAUAAGUCAUUAUUAGUGUCUUGGAAUAAUACAUUAUACACUUGCCUAAGACCUAUAGUCUCUCAGGUUUGAAUGACAAUGUGAGAAAAAAAUGUUUAACCAAAAUCAACUUAACUGAAAGCUUUGUUGUGGCGAAUAGAAUGUUUGAGGAUACUUGAGGAUUUUUCUUUAUUUUGGAUGAUUCGAGGUUAUAUAGGGAAUACCAUAAUGUGGUAUAGAUCUGGAACUCCCACUCACUUCUAAUAAAAUAUCUGCUGAAAUGCACUUCACUGAAA